GAAACGUAAUUUAUUAUAAUCCUAAUUGGGCCGGGGAUUUCUAUGGUGGAAAAGCAAAAGAAAAAGGGCAAAGAGGGAAAGACGCCGACUCGUGCCGCCGCUGCUGCUGCUGGAGAGAAGGGGGAGUAGAGAGCAGUGCAGCGCACACCGGCGCACAUUAGCGGCUCUCACGUAUGUUAUCUCUUCUCUUUGCUUUCCAUCACCUCUCUCCCUUCCAAGAUUGCUUCGUUUCCAAGCGAUCCGAGUCCUGAAAUCGAACUCAAGGAUUCGGGAACCGAUUUUCCAAUUCUUUUUUGCCUUCCUGAAAGACUGGCAGAAUCCAAGGCAACCCUACCUUUUCUCUUCACCUCUUCUAAGAUCUUUGCGAUUUGUAUACGGGGAAGAAGAGAAAUAGGAUAGGAGAUUAAACAGGCAAGAAGAAGAAGAAGAAGAAGAUGCUUUGGAUCGUUAGAUUUUCCGGAUUUUUCUCCGCGGCAAUGCUCAUGGUCGUCUUAUCACCGUCGCUGCAGUCGUUUCCCCCCGCAGAAGCGAUCAGAUCCUCUCAUCUCGACGGCUAUCUCCGAUUCCCUGACCAUAUUGCGACCGUUGAUUCCCCAAACCGAUUCUCCUUCCGAGAGUCCCCUCCGCUCCGCAAUGCCGACGAAUGCAGCCGGUCUUUGGAGGGGGAAAUGACGAUCUGCGAUCCUUCGCUCGUCCACAUCGCGAUCACCCUCGAUGUUGAGUACCUACGCGGCUCGAUCGCGGCCGUCCAUUCUAUACUGCAGCACGCACUCUGCCCCGAGAACAUCUUCUUCCAUUUCCUCGUCUCGGAGACAGAUCUCGAAACCCUAGUUCGCUCCACGUUCCCGCAGCUGAAAUUCAAGGUUUAUUUCUUCGAUCCGGAGAUCGUACGGCCGCUGAUCUCCACGUCCGUGCGGCAGGCACUCGAGCAGCCGCUGAAUUACGCGAGGAAUUACCUGGCCGAUUUACUGGAGCCCUGCGUCCGACGCGUCAUAUACCUCGACUCCGACCUCGUCGUCGUCGACGACGUGGCGAAGCUCUGGAACUACAGCCUGGGUUCCAGAACCGUCGGCGCGCCGGAAUAUUGCCACGCGAACUUCACCAAGUAUUUCACAGAGCGGUUUUGGUCGGACGAACGGUUUUCCGGUACGUUCAACGGCCGGAAGCCGUGCUAUUUCAACACGGGGGUGAUGGUGAUGGAUCUGGUGAAGUGGAGGAGGUUCGGGUUCUCGAGGAGGAUCGAACGGUGGAUGGAGAUCCAGAAGAACGGCCGGAUUUACGAGCUGGGAUCGCUGCCGCCAUUCCUUCUGGUAUUUGCGGGACACGUGGCGCCCAUCGAGCAUAGGUGGAACCAACACGGGCUGGGAGGGGAUAACGUCAAGGGCAGCUGUAGAGAUCUCCAUCCGGGGCCGGUGAGCCUCCUGCACUGGAGCGGGAGCGGCAAGCCGUGGCUCAGGCUCGACUCGAGACGGGCGUGCCCGCUCGACGCGCUCUGGGCGCCGUACGACCUGUACGGUCCAUCGCCGUGACCGGUUGAAGCCGGUAAAUUCAUUUCCUCUUCUGUUUUUUUGUUUUUUGCUUCCAUGUCUAGGGUUCUUUUUUUUUUCUUUUUUCUUUUUUCUUUUUUUCUUGCUUUGUUUUUUCCGGGCGAUUUGUAUUCUAUAUUCUAUUUUUGAUGCCUUUGGAAAUAAAAAAGAAAAAAGGAUAUUCAUUUUGUGCA